AUGACUCUAAAUCUAGUCCAUCUCUUCCCUCUGUUCGCGACGGUGUUCAUGGCGGCUGCUGUUCUUGCUGAUACUGGUAUCACCACCGAUAUUGGGACUGCUGCAAGCCGUCGUGCGCUUGGCCUGGCAUCGGCUUGCAAUGGUGGCGACGCGUACACUUGCAGCAACAAUGGACCGUGGGUUGUCGACAAUAACCUAGCGUAUGGAUUCGCAGCGGCCAAACUUGCUGGGAAGUCUGAGCAGGAUUGGUGCUGUGCUUGCUACAAGCUCACCUUCACGUCAACGUCGAUUACCGGGAAACAAAUGAUCAUCCAGGUGACCAAUACUGGCAGCGACCUUGAAAACAACCACUUCGACCUCGCCAUCCCCGGCGGUGGUGUGGGCAUGUUCCCCCAGGGAUGUCAAUCACAGUUUGAUGGCGCGUGGAUGGGUGACACAUAUGGCGGCUACCAGAACAGGAACGAUUGUUACAAUCUUCCGGAGGGCCAAUUCCGCGACGGCUGCUUCUUCCGUUUUGACUGGUUCCAAAACGCCCAGAACCCAACCGUUGAGUUUCAUGAGGUGUCUUGUCCGCAGGCCAUGAUUGACAGGACGCAUUGUGGUCGCUGGAGUUACCAAGAUUUCGUCGACCAAGGUAAAGACGAGCCCUUAGAACAGGGGGGGCUAGAACUGUAG